AUGAUAACUAGAAGUUUAAGAAAUUUAUUUAAUUUAUAAACAAAUUAAGCAGUUAGCAGAUUUGGAAUACAAAAUAAGUUGUUUAAAGCAUUUUCUACUUCUGAAGAAAACUAUUACAAGUUAUUGGGAGUUAAGCAUAAUAGCUCACCGGAAGAAAUUAAGAAAGCUUAUUAUAGCUUAGCUUAAAAAAUGCAUCCAGAUGUUAAUAGUGAUAAAAAUUCAGGAAUACAAUUUGCGAAAAUUAAUAACGCCUAUUAAGUUCUUAGUGAUGAAUAGAAAAGGAAGGAAUAUGACAGAAGUUAGUAGUUAAAUGAUGAUAUAUUUGGAUCUUAAAAUAGAAGAUAGACAUAUUAAUAAUAAGCAAGUGGAGGAUUUGAUCAAUUUGUUUAUGGAAAUAAAUCAAAUAUAAAUUUCGAAGACUUCUUUUCAUUCGAUGAGGAGAUUCUAAAAGAGUUUUUGAAUAAAAGUACAAACAAUAAAUUUAGAUAAAAUAAUAAAGCUAAGUAUGAAAGUAAUAAAGCUUAAUAAUAGAAAGGAUAGAGUUAAAGGUAUGUUUAUGAUGAGACAGAAUUUGACUUUUUAAAUGAUGAAGAUUAAGAUAUUUUUGAUGAUUUUGGUAAGAAUAAAAAAACUACUUUCUCAAAAGAUAAAAGAAAGAAAGGAUCAGAUGUCAAUCAAACUAUUUAAAUUACAUUCGAGGAAUCUAUUAAUGGAUGCAGUAAAACAAUAGAUAUUGAAAAGAAGUAACUUUGUGAAAAAUGCAAUGGAACUAAAAGAGCUCCAGGUUCCAAAAAAAAAUUAUGUAAAACAUGUAAAGGAACAGGAAGUGUUUAGUUUUAAUAAGGAUUAUAUGUUUGGGAGUUUAAAUGUGAAGAAUGUAAUGGUUAAGGUUAAAUAGUCGAUUGUCCAUGUAAAAACUGCAAGGCAUCAGGAUUGACUACUUAAAUAGUAAAAGAAACAGUACACAUACCAAAAGGAGUUAAUCAUGGACAAACAAUUAAAUUCCCAAAUUAAGGUAAUUUAAGUGAAAAAGGUGGUGCUCCUGGCGAUCUAAUAAUAAAAUUAAAAAUAUAAAAUGAUAAAGAAUUUAAAAAGACUGGACUUGAUAUAUUAACUGAACAUACAAUUUCUCCAGCUAAAGCAAUUUUAGGUGGAAAAAUUUAAGUAAAGACAACAAAAGGAGAUGUAGAAAUUAAUAUUCCUGCAGGAGUAUAAGAUGGACAUAAAUUAAAAAUAGUAGGUUAUGUAAUUUAAAUUACUUUAUUUUAUAGGAAACUUAUUAUUUAAUAAAUAAAACUAUAUUUUAAAAGGGGGUUUAAAGAGAUAACAAUAAAGAGUCUGGCGAUUAAUAUGUUACUCUUAAUGUUAAAAUACCUAAAAAAGUAUCAGUAGAGGAAAAGCUACUUUAUGAAUAACUUCUAAAGUUAGAGAAUGAGUGAAAUAUAUUUAAUUUAAUAAUUAAUCUUAACAUAUAUACUUAAAAAUAUAAAAAAAUAACUUUUAUAUUAUAUAUUGUUUAUGAAUCUAUUUAUAUUAUUUCCAUAAAUGUAUUUAGAAAAAUAAAUAUUAAUUUUAUUAAGAAAUAAAUACUCAACCUUAAAAAAGAACUGA